AUGGCUAAUUCAUUUUGUUCCUUCAUGAUGGUGAACAGCUCUGGUCGGGCAUCUGGACAAAAAGCUCACUUGCUUUUGCCGACCUUGAAGGAGAAUGAUACGCAUUGUGUCGAUUUCCAUUACUACUUAUCUAGUAGAGACCGGUCUAGCCCUGGAUCAUUGAAUGUUUAUGUGAAAGUUAAUGGAGGACCACAGGGCAACCCCAUCUGGAACGUUUCAGGGAUUGUGACAGAAGGCUGGGUGAAGGCGGAGCUGGCAAUCAGCACCUUUUGGCCACAUUUCUAUCAGGUUAUAUUUGAGUCGGUAUCUUUGAAGGGACAUCCUGGCUACAUAGCAGUGGAUGAAGUUCGGGUCCUUGCUCAUCCAUGUAGAAAAGCACCUCAUUUCCUGCGACUCCAAAAUGUUGAAGUAAAUGUGGGACAGAAUGCAACAUUCCAGUGUAUUGCUGGAGGAAAGUGGUCCCAGCAUGACAAACUAUGGCUCCAGCAAUGGAAUGGGAGAGAUACUGCCCUCAUGGUCACCCGAGUGGUCAACCACAGAAGGUUUUCAGCUACAGUUAGUGUGGCCGACACAUCUCAAAGGAGCAUCAGCAAGUAUCGAUGUGUCAUUCGCUCCGAUGGUGGCUCUGGAGUCUCUAAUUAUGCAGAAUUAAUAGUAAAAGAACCUCCUACGCCCAUUGCUCCUCCUGAGUUACUGGCUGUUGGGGCCACCUACCUGUGGAUUAAACCAAAUGCUAAUUCCAUAAUUGGAGAUGGUCCCAUCAUCUUGAAGGAAGUGGAGUACCGAACAACCACAGGCAACUGGGCUGAGACCCACAUCGUCGAUUCCCCCAACUACAAGCUAUGGCACCUGGAUCCUGACGUGGAGUAUGAAAUCCGAGUGCUGCUCACCCGGCCAGGUGAAGGUGGGACAGGGCCCCCGGGACCCCCGCUGACCACCAGGACCAAGUGUGCAGAUCCCGUGCAUGGUCCCCAAAAUGUGGAGAUUGUGGACAUCCGCUCCAGGCAGCUGACCCUCCAGUGGGAACCCUUUGGGUAUGCAGUGACCCGAUGUCACAGCUACAACCUCACUGUCCAGUACCAGUAUGUAUUCAAUCAGCAGCAGUACGAAGCUGAGGAAGUCAUCCAGACUUCAUCCCACUACACCCUGAGGGGCCUCCGCCCAUUCAUGACCAUCCAACUGAGGCUUGUGCUCUCCAACCCAGAGGGAAAGAUGGAAAGCGAGGAGCUUGUGGUGCAGACAGAAGAGGAUGUUCCUGGAGCUGUUCCACUUGAAUCUAUCCAAGGAGGGCCUUUUGAGGAAAAGAUCUAUGUCCAGUGGAAACCUCCCAAUGAAACCAAUGGCCUGAUCACCCUCUAUGAGAUAAACUACAAGGCUGUGGGUUCCCUCGAUCCAAAUGCUGACCUUUCGAGCCAGAGGGGGAAAGUCUUCAAGCUUCGGAAUGAAACCCACCACCUCUUUGUGGGACUGUAUCCAGGAACAACCUAUUCAUUCACUAUCAAGGCCAGCACAUCAAAGGGCUUUGGGCCUCCCAUCACUACACGCAUUGCCACCAAAAUCUCAGCUCCUUCGAUGCCUGAGUAUGACACAGAUUCGCCUUUGAAUGAGACAGACACAACCAUUACUGUCAUGCUGAAGCCUGCCCGGUCCCGGGGUGCACCUGUCAGUGUCUAUCAGCUGGUCGUCAAGGAGGAGAGACUUCAGAAGGCCAGAAGGGCUGCAGACAUCAUUGAGUGCUUCUCAGUGCCUGUGAGCUACAAGAAUGCCUCCAGCCUGGAUUCCCUACACUAUUUUGCAGCUGAAUUGAAGCCUGUCAACCUGCCAGUUACACAGCCAUUCACGGUGGGGGACAAUAAAACCUACAAUGGCUAUUGGAAUGCACCUCUCUCACCCUUGAAGAGUUACAGCAUCUACUUCCAGGCUUUGAGCAAAGCCAAUGGAGAAACCAAAAUCAACUGUGUCCGACUGGCAACCAAAGCAGUAAUGGGUAGGCAACAGGUGACCACGGGGACUCCAUUCUACCUCCUGAGCACAGGAGCAUCCACACAGAACUCCAAUGCUGUGGAACCUGAGAAACAGGUGGACAAUACAGUGAAAAUGGCCGGAGUGAUCGCUGGGCUCCUGAUGUUUGUGAUUAUCCUCCUGGGUGCCAUGCUCACAAUCAAGAGGAGAAGAAAUGCAUAUUCCUACUCCUAUUACUUGAAACUGGCCAAGAAACAGAAAGAGACUCAGAGCAGCACUCAGAGGGAGAUGGGGCCUGUGGCAACCACGGACAAGACCAAUACAAAGCUGAGCACCGCUCGGAAUGAAGAAGGGUUUUCCUCCAGCACUCAGGAUGUGAAUGGAUUCAGCAGUAGCCGUGGGGAGUUGGCCCAGCCUACACUGACCAUCCAGACCCAUCCGUACAGGAGCUGUGAGCCGGUAGAAAUGUCCUACCCUCGGGACCAGUUCCAGCCUGCAAUCCGAGUAGCAGACCUAUUACAGCACAUCACACAGAUGAAGCGCGGUCAAGGCUAUGGGUUCAAGGAGGAGUACGAGGCAUUACCUGAGGGGCAGACGGCAUCUUGGGACACAGCCAAAGAAGAUGAAAACCGCAAUAAGAAUCGAUAUGGGAACAUCAUCUCCUGUAGGUGCAAAGAUGACCACUCGAGAGUCAGACUGCUAAUGCUGGAUGGAGACCCACAUUCAGACUACAUUAAUGCCAACUACAUCGAUGGAUACCACCGACCUCGUCAUUACAUUGCUACCCAAGGUCCAAUGCAGGAAACUGUCAAAGACUUUUGGAGGAUGAUUUGGCAGGAGAAUUCAGCCAGUGUCGUGAUGGUGACAAAUCUCGUGGAAGUGGGAAGGGUGAAGUGUGUUAGGUAUUGGCCGGAUGACACAGAAGUUUAUGGCGAUAUUAAGGUCACAUUAAUUGAAACAGAACCACUGGCUGAGUAUGUCAUACGCACGUUUACUGUUCAAAAGAAAGGCUACCAUGAGAUCCGUGAGAUCCGGCUGUUCCACUUCACCAGCUGGCCUGACCACGGGGUUCCGUGCUAUGCCACCGGUCUCCUGGGCUUCGUCCGGCAGGUGAAAUUCCUCAACCCUCCUGAGGCAGGACCUAUAGUGGUACAUUGCAGUGCUGGUGCAGGGAGGACGGGUUGUUUCAUCGCCAUUGAUAUCAUGCUUGACAUGGCAGAAAACGAAGGCGUGGUGGAUAUAUUCAAUUGUGUGCGAGAGCUCCGAUCCCAAAGGGUCAAUCUGGUACAAACAGAGGAGCAGUAUGUGUUUGUCCAUGACGCCAUCUUGGAGGCCUGCCUUUGUGGCAACACUGCCAUUCCUGUGUGUGAAUUCCGGUCAAUAUACUAUAACAUCAGCAGACUGGAUCCACAGACCAACUCCAGCCAAAUAAAAGAUGAAUUUCAGACCCUCAAUAUUGUGACACCCCGUGUCCGGCCAGAAGACUGCAGCAUUGGUCUCCUGCCAAGGAAUCAUGACAAGAACCGAAGCAUGGAGGUCCUGCCUCUUGAUCGCUGCCUCCCCUUCCUCAUCUCUGUGGAUGGAGAAUCGAGCAAUUACAUCAAUGCAGCACUAAUGGAUAGCCACAAGCAACCGGCGGCCUUUAUCGUCACUCAGCACCCUCUUCCCAACACUGGAGCUGACUUCUGGAGGCUCGUGUUCGAUUAUAACUGCUCCUCAGUGGUGAUGCUGAAUGAGAUGGAUACUGCCCAGCUCUGCAUGCAGUAUUGGCCAGAGAAGACGUCCUGUUGUUAUGGGCCUAUCCAGGUGGAGUUUGUAUCGGCUGACAUCGACGAGGACAUCAUCAAUAGGAUAUUCAGAAUCUGCAACAUGGCAAGACCCCAAGACGGGUAUCGUAUUGUCCAGCACCUGCAGUACAUUGGCUGGCCUGCCUACCGGGACACUCCUCCGUCCAAACGGUCCCUUCUGAAGGUCGUCCGGCGACUAGAGAAGUGGCAGGAACAGUACGAUGGGAGGGAUGGACGCACUGUUGUCCACUGCUUAAAUGGCGGGGGACGAAGUGGAACCUUCUGUGCUAUCUGCAGUGUGUGUGAAAUGAUCCAACAACAAAAUAUCAUUGAUGUAUUCCACAUAGUGAAAACAUUGCGGAACAACAAAUCCAACAUGGUGGAAACGCUGGAUCAAUAUAAGUUUGUAUACGAAGUCGCACUGGAAUACUUAAGUUCAUUUUAG